GGCAGUCAGCAGGUGAGAAUUUGGGAUAAAAGCAGAGACCGGACGGACUGGACUGUGUAACAUGGCUGAGGUGGCAGUUGGCCAAAGGGAGAAAGGGUUGAGGAUGGGGAUUGCUCAGUGGUUGGGUUUCAGGGCUGUGAAAAGUGACAGGCAACGGAAGGGGGGAGGGAGAUCUAUCGACGGAUUCCGAUGGAGGAUGUACGGAGUACACUAUUCAAAGCACAUUCCAGCCGGAUACACCCACAUACAAUCUAUUUAGAGAUACAUUACGUCCUAUCUAUUAGUCCAGUCCAAAUAUGUACCACCGCCUCGCCGGCCACAUUCCAGCAGAAGUCUAGCCAAGUAUACAACAGCACAAGCCUCAGCCGUGAGAUCCCAGCCCGUCUCACAACCUUAAUCCUCCCGCCGGGAGGGUGUCCCCAUGGCCCAUGGGCGAACCACGGAUGGGGUCAUUCCUGUUCCCACGAAUGCGACCUCAUCCGAGGCCCUGGGGAUGGUGUUCAGCGGAGAUGCUGUUCCAUUGGUGGUUCUUUGUUUGUUUUGGUUUCUCUCUUUGGGGCAUCGCGUGGGGGGCGCAAGGCUGAUUGGUGGGUGGGCCGGGGGGGUUGGAUUGGUCCGAUAACAGAUUAUGUCAGAGGCUGUCACGUGUUAAUCUUGUGUGUGCCUUAGGAAGUAUAUACCUGAGGCAUAAUUCAGGCACCAUAUUCAGGCAAUUACUUCCUCAGGCAUUCUCCGGCAAUGUCCUCAGGCACAACCGUC